AUGGAUGAAUAUAUUACGGUAAUUAAGUAUUAUUAGUAUAGAAUUACAGAGAAUUGGAGAAAUUGAUAGAUGGAAUCCCUGUUCCAGAUAUUACAGUAUCAUCUAUGUCAUAAUAAUCAAAUCGACUUACUCCUCAAUCUAAGAAAAAAUAAUCUCUAACAAGGGAGCAAGUCCAAAUGAUUUUAAGAAAAACAAAAGAAUAAUCUUAAUUUCCUACUACAAAAUAGAAGGUCUUAACUAUGCAGACUUUUAAUUGUAAAGAAAAUUCAAAUGAUGAAUAGAUGUUUAAAGUAAUGAAAUAAAAGGAAGAAUAUAGCAAUUAAGAAUUUUAGAGAUUGUAGUAAUAGAUAAAAGAUUAGUAGAAAGUUAUUGAACAAUAAAUACAACAGAUUGGAUAAAUAAACAUUUAAAUUGAAUAUUUGACAAAUGAAUUAUAGGAUAAUCAAGAAAAGAGAUAAGCUGAUUCUAACAGAAUAUUACAAUUAUAAAAAAUAAAUGAAUAAUAAAAAUAGACAAUUGAAGAUUUAAGAGUUGAAUUGUAAGUGGCUAAAAGAGUGAGUUCAUAAUAAUAAAAUAAGGAAUAAGAUUCUAUGAAUUAGAUUAGUUUGUUAAAAUCUAAAAUAACUAAUUUAGAAACUGAAAUUAAUAGAACUAGAACUACUUUUACACUUACAUCUCCUAAAAAUGAUACAAUGUAGACUGAAGUAUUUUCAAAUAGAAUUGAUCCGGAAUUAUUAAGUGAAGAAGAAACUUUAACUAUCUUACUUAAUUUAUUAGGAAGAGUUUCAAAGAGUUAAAGAAUGUCAUAUUUAUUAAAAAGAAAUGCUGAUUUCAAAUUAUUAAUAAGAUGUAAACGUAGUUAACCAAGUAUUAAUAAAGUUUCCAUUCUUUAAAGUAGUAAAUCCAUGUUUGAUAGAAAACUAUCAUAUAAUCAUGAAAACUUUAAAUAAAUAGUAAAGAAUGUAGGAAUAAAAAUCUAAUAAUGA